AUGUCGCUUCUACGGGUGAGUUUGCGCCCCAAAACUCGCCUCGUCCCCCAUUUCCUCCCCUCCCCUCCCUCCUCUCCCCCCUCUCCCCCCUCUCCCCCCUCUCCCCCUUCUCCCUUCUUUCCCUUCGCCGCCCAACAUCCGUGUGAUCCUUUCUCGCGCAUUCCCUCCCCUCCUCGACCUCCGUAUCGCACGCUCUCGCUCCAAGCACCUCGCGCUCUCGCGCUCGUACACCUAAUUCAUUCCUAUCUCGCCUCCCAUAUCCCAUCUGCCCUCCUCCCCCUUCCGUCUCCCUCCCCCCCACACACUCCCCCUCCCUUCCCUUCCCGCCCUCCUGCCCCUCUCCCGUGGCCCAUUUCUCCUCCCCUCUCCCAUUUCCUUCCCCACCCCCCCACGUCCCCCCCGCGCCAGACCUGGGAAACCUUAUAUGGUCUAUCCGCGGACUCCCCCCUUCCGCCCUCCGCCAUAGCUCUUCCGCCCAGCAUCCCCCCUCCCCCGCACCUGGAGCCCUGCUCCGAGCGCUCAGCCAUCCGCCAGGCUGCUGAGCGCAGGGGGGAGGGCGGAGCUCUCCCCCCAUGGGCGCAGGACAAUGCUGCAUGCGGAAAUGUCCCCCAACCGCCCUGGGUGCGCGGGUCGGAUUCAUCGAACCUGGCCUCCACUCGUGUGGCUCAGAGAGACAUCUGGGCACACCAGUUCCCCGCACCCUCCCCGCUGCCUGCUCACACUGCUGAUACUGCCUCUGCUGCUGCUGCUGCUGCUGCUGCUGCUUGUGAGGGAAAGCGGUUUCUGCUGGUACAAUGGCCGGAGAACACAGAGAGCACUAACAGCAGCAGCAGCAGCAGCAGCAACACCAGCAGCACCAGCAGCGGCAGCAGCAGCAGCAACACCAGCUGCACCAGCAGCAGCAGCAGCAUCAGCAGCGACGGCGGCAGUGGCCGGGGAUGGUCGUAUGAGGCCCUGGCGGGUCAGCUGCAGGGCAUGAGUGUGGCGCUACGUGUGGCCUUCACCAGUGGCCGUGUGCUCGUGCCCAUGCCAGGCACCUUCCUCCCAGCCCACCACCCGCAUUGCCAAGCGCUGAAUGCAUCCGGGUCGCUCCACUGCUACUUCUUCCGCCCAGUCUCCCAAGCAUGCGAGGCAGCAGCCAUGCAGCAUUACACCACUAGCGCCGCCGGCGCCCCUCCCUGCAAGCCCCUCUCGCACCUCACAGCGCAGCAGCUGGCGUCUAACGAGACUCUCAUCUGUGCUGCUGCAAGCAGUGAUGCCUCGUACCCUGAUUCAACAAAUGCUACCAGUGAGGGAGCAUGGAGCGAAGCGUUCAUGCGGCGGCCUUUCCUGGUGGAGCGUCAAGGGGCACUUGUCAACAUCUCACACACACAACUGCAGGCACACUGGUGGCACUCCCAAGCUCUGCGCUUCUUCCUGUGCUGGCCCUCCCCCUCCUUCUGCCGCACCCUCAACCACCACCGCAGCUCUGCUCCUUCCUCUCCCCCCCUUCCCUCGCCGCCGCUCUCCCUCAGGCGCACUGGUGGACAGACAGCCCAAGCUCUCCGCUUCCUCCUCCGCUGGCCCCCCUCCUCCCUAGGCCACACACUUAACCGCCACCGCAGCCCACUGGUGGCACCCAAGCUCUGUGUUUCCUCCUCCAUUCCCCCCUCCGUCUCCCUGCUCUCCCCACCCUCGUCCCCUUCAGGCGCACUGGUGGACAGCCCAAGCCAUUCGCUUCCUGCUGCGCUGGCCGUCCCCCUCCCUCUGCCACACCCUCAACCGCCACCGCAGCUCUGCCCUCGGCCCGCACAUCGCCUCCCUCUCCUCCGCCUUUCUCUCCGAGCAGCGCGCCAUCGUGACCUCCCUCUUAAAGCCCCAGUCCGAGGCGGACCAGGGCCUGGGCCUGGACCUUCGCAGCGAGGGCGGGACCCAGGCCUCAAAUACGUCUGGCUGUCCACCGACCAAACAGCAGCCACAAAACUGUCACCAAGCCACCUCUCGCGCUUCGCCGAUUGGACCUUCCUCUAUCCCAAGCCACCCUCCUCCGACCCCUCCUCCUCUCCUCCGGCAUACUAUGAUUCCGUGGGUGCGGCUUUUGCCGACCUGCUUGUUGCGUCGGAGAGUGAUUUUUUCGUUGGGGAUGUUGGUAGCAGGUGGAGUGGGCUGAUUUAUCAGCUCAAGUGCACUAAUGGUCGCCUUUACGCAGGCUUUUUGUCUGUCUAA